UCUAACUUGGUUUGAUUUCACCUCUCUCACAGCCAUGUUCAACUGGGUUCACUCCAACUUCCACUACACCCCUCUUAAAGCUUGGAGAAAGAAAAGUGAAUCUUUGAAAAAGGAGGCCAAAAGGCAAGGAUUAGCAAAGCAAAUGGAUGAGAUGGUUGAUAUUCUUGAUGAUUGGAGGAUCAAUGGCCGUCGUCUUACCAUUUUCUUCAUGGGGUUUGACAAAUCAUCAAAAUCCAGAAAUUAUAAACCCCAAUAUUUCAAUUUGAAGGAGAUAAAGAGAGACAAAAUUGUUGACGACGACGACGACGACAAUGACGGCUUGAGCCUGUUAAUGGCGACGACGUUCCCCAACAACUUCGACGACAAUGGUGAGUUUUGUACCGAAUUCGACAAGUCCCGAGUUGUUGUGGCCAUCGAGCGAUAUAUCGCUCAAAGACUCCGCCGGAGAGUGACGUUGGCGGAUCUGCUCAUGGCGGAUGCCGAUGGGAAGCCGAAGCUAGAUUUGAAGGAGAAUUUGCCUGAAAUUGUGACGGCCAACAGCUCCCGCUUCGCCAAAAAGCCGGAGAUGGAGGCAGAUUUACCUUUGACAAAUCUCCAAAAAGUAAGUCAUUUACAAUAA